AUGGCAUCCGCUAUUGUAAUAGAAAUGGCAAUCGAGUUUGGCCUUGGUACCUUGAUUCUGUUCCUCCGGUACUUUGCGAGAUGGAAAGCUGUAGGAUUUAAGCGCUGGGAAGGAGACGACUUGUUUGCCAUCUUGGCUCUUGUGUUCUGGGCGAUUGGAAGGCGCGAAUUUGGAUCAAAAUGCAUACUAAUAGCACGAAACUGUUACGUCACCCUUGCAUGGGUGCUUAAGGGCUGUAUGCUCUGCUUCUAUAACCGCAUUACUUUCCUGCUAGCAGAACAAAAGCUUGUUAAAUGGACUGGAGUAAUAUGUAUCUUCGGCUACUUAGGAGCCCUUGGGACUAUCUGGGGCCAGUGUACGCCAGUCUAUAAGAACUGGCAGGUCGUACCAGCAGCAGAUAGAUGCGCACCUGGUAUGCCUUAUUAUGUUGUUCUGCUGACCUUGAAUGUAACAACCGAUAUUGCUAUUAUAUGCAUCCCGUUACCAUGGUUCAAGCAGCUUAGAACUACCAUCUGGCACAAGAUAGCUAUUAGUGCCCUUCUUUGUUCCAGCAUCUUUAUCAUUAUCGCUACAAUUCUGCAUAAUGUCCUAUCGCUGCAGAAUAUUCAGACUAAUAGCACUAGGUGUAUCUGGGCGACUCGAGAAACAUUUGUUGGAAUUAUUGCGACCAAUGCUGUAGCUAUUAAGCCGUUAUUCUCGAAGAGCCGAUGGGCUGCCUCGAGUAUUGAAAACAGCGCCACGCUCGAGGCCCAGAAUCAGAAGAACUACACUCGAGGUCAUUGUAAAGUUAGCUCGGUACCGGAGCCAGUUUUUAUUUAUUCUAGCGCUCUUAAUAAUCCGGACCAAAUGCUGGACCAUUAUUAA